UGCAGUAAAAACACCAACCACCGCCGUUACUGAGAAAACCUACAGCACCUAAACGCACCGCGCCGGGCAGGUUGGGUUUUCUCCUCCAGGUGUGUGAAGGAGGAACAGCCGCGAGCACGCACGGGGGGGGUGAGAAAAUCCAGCAACGUCGAUCAUUUGAUCCGUCCGUUUAUCACGGAGACAUCACGGAGGAGUCUGCUGAAACAGCCCCGCACACGGUGUUCCGGUCGGUCUACGUUACCGGGGAGAAGGACACGAACCCACCGGAGAAAUCUGCGGAGACGGACAGCUCCGUUCGGGGUUCAUUUCCUCGGUGUUUUCCGCCUGCGGAGGGGACCAAUCUUUCCCCGGAGCUUGGUGUUUACGCGGCCGCUGCAGAGAACGAGAAGAGCGGGGAGGAGGACGCGGUGUAGCCGGGGAAGAGGCGGUGUAGCCGGGGAGGAGGACGCGGUGUAGCCGGAGAGGAGCGGCUUUCUCGGGAUCAUUUUUGGGGGAUUAUUUUAAGCAAUUAAGGGUUUAUUUAAAUCUGUCGCUGCGGAGAUACCCGGAAGACUCGACAGCACACCGGUACCGGUACCUUCGUCUACACUGAUGGGUUAAAACCCGGUGCUGUUGUUCCGGAGAGCUGCCCCGCGCGCACACCUGCUCCCCAGACCCGCGGGGGCUGGAUGAUGUAGCCCCCGCCUCUGCAGCACCAGCGCCAUCCUUCAAGUCUCCACCUCCAGUGGAGGAAUGUAAUGAAGUACAUUUACUCGAGUACUGCACUUAAGGAGACAAAUUAAAGGGUCUCUCCACCAUGCCGGCGGGGAUGAAGCCGCUGGAGAAGUUCCUGAAGAAGCAGACCACGGCGCUGACCCGGGCCGGGGGGUUUGUUGGGGGGGUGGCGGACAAGGCCAGCGGGGGGGUGGGGGCGUCCCGCCGCAGGGCCAGUCUGUCCCGGGUCGUUCCUUUCUUCAGGGAGACGUCACCGGAGGGGGGCCAGGCCCGCGAGGUGUUCAGCCCUGACAGUGAGGACCCCCCCUCCUGGCCCUCAGCCACGGGACCCGGUGUCAUCCCGGCGCCGGGCAGCGCCAACAGCUCCGGAGACAUCCGGAGCCCGUCUCUGUCCAGCGACGAGCAGAGCUCUGAGGCCAGUCUGAUCACGGAGAGCGGCGGCGGAGGGAGUGGGGGGGGCACGCCACUUCCCCCCGACACGCCGGACAACCUGACCCUCGCUCUGCUGGACAGCGCGGCGGGAAAACGCCCCGGGGUCUGCACAGGUGAGACGGGAAACUUUCUGAUUGUUUUCUAAAGGACUGGCAGGGUUUUUCCUUCAUAGAGGAC